CUAAUUCGUUCAAUGUGAACGAACCAUAAGAAUGUAUUGGGGUUUUCAGUCGUGUGGUUGCCUAGGUAGCCACAGGCGACGAAAUGUGUUUAGCGUAAACAAACUGGUUUUCUGACAAGUUGAAUUGUUCUGUGAAAAUCAAUCGCAUAUGACAGUUGUCGUUAACGCGUAUCGACAAAAUGACAUCUCUAGAUUUAAGGCAACAGAAACUCGAACAACAGAGGCAAUUGAUUGCCCAGAAAAUGAAACAGAAACGACAAAGUGGUGCUGGUGGAAUGGUUCAAGCAUCUAAUAUAUUAAGUACUCAACUUACAAGUCAUUCCACCAAGUGGAUGAAUCCGAAUAAGGAACUCCGUGGAUAUGAUGGACCACUACAAUUUAAUGUAUCACAGACAAAUCCAGAGUUAAGCACAUUUACAGAGAAUAAGGAUAUGGAAGCAAGAAUAAAUGUAGAUGUAGGUACAGAAGGAAGCUUCUACCAAGGUAUGGAAGCUGCCGAUUGUGCAGAUGAAGAGUCAUCGCCAAUAGACAUACAUUCCCCUUCUGAAUCUCUGCCGUGUCCUUCUCCACUCAGAGUAGCACCUUCGGAUGGUGCUAACACAUUUAUCAGUACAGAGAAUAACUCUUCGAGCCCAGAAUUAGAAGGCAAGGUCGAAGGAAGUAUCGAGCAUUUUGUACUGCAACCAGCAAACAAAAAAAUGCAUUUUAAGUGUAGAAUAACACGUGAUAGGAAAGGUAUGGAUCGUGGAUUAUAUCCUACAUACUUCCUACAUUUAGAACGUGAUUAUGGAAGGAAGAUUUUCUUAUUGGCGGGUCGAAAAAGGAAAAAGAGCACGACAAGCAACUAUUUAAUUUCGACCGAUCCCACGGAUCUUUCAAGAGCAGGAGAGUCUUACAUCGGAAAGCUAAGGUCCAAUCUUCUGGGAACACAGUUUACGGUUUACGAUAAUGGUUAUUCGUUAAUGAAGGAUGACAAACGAGAUGAACGCUUCAAUCCACGACAAGAACUGGCUGCAGUAAUAUACGACACUAACGUUUUAGGAUUUAAAGGGCCACGCAAGAUGACCGUGAUCAUUCCUGGCAUGACGUCAGAUCAGAAAAGAGUUGAAAUUUGUCCAAGGGAUGAGUCAGAAACGUUGCUUGAACGUUGGAAAGCAAAAAACAUGGAUAAUUUAAUAGAACUACACAAUAAGACUCCUGUCUGGAACGAUGACACUCAGUCGUACGUGCUUAAUUUCCAUGGGCGAGUGACGCAGGCUUCAGUAAAGAAUUUCCAAGUCGUGCACGACAGCGAUGUUGAUUACGUCGUUAUGCAAUUCGGCCGCGUAGCAGAAGACGUGUUUACGAUGGACUACAGAUUCCCACUAUGCACACUUCAAGCAUUCGCCAUUGCUUUGAGCAGUUUUGACAGUAAGUUGGCUUGCGAGUAGCGACAAAAUGCAUUUAGGAUGCAACCUUUAUUAUAUGUAUGUGACGGGAAAACAAUACCGAUCUACGGUGGACAAUCAAUAGGUUGAACUGUCUUUUUUUUUGUCUUAAAAUAGAACAUCUAUAGUUGUUCUACUGAAACCUGAUGUAAUAAUAAUGAGUAUAAAUUCUGUGUUCACAUUUCGUAUAUAUGGGAAACGUUUUUAAGUACUUAGUAUACAUGUUUUCUAGUUCCUUUGUAUGUCGAUAGAAAUAAUUGGCGAAGAGCUUCGUUGUUAACCAAUACUUAAAGAUAAGGAUAUAGUAUGGGCAUUCAAUGAUCGACAAAUAACGUUCAUACUAAUGAGUCAUACUUUGAAGGAGAGACAUAUCAUGGAAACUUGUUUCUAACAUUUCAUUAAUUAAUUGAUAGAGUCAUUGUUUAAUUUCGUUUUGAAGUAAUCGAAAAGAAUUUCAAUGAAUCACAAUCUACCGAACGUGAUAUCAUUCCUGUACUAUAAUGAUACUAAAUACACUGCGUAACUUACUGCCCAACAAGGUAAAAAUGUUUUCUCGUACUGAAACCUGUACAAAGCAUACGUUCACUCUGUUUUUUAUCGUAUACUGCAACAGUUUCAAUAUGUGUUUCACGAUGAUUAUAUGGUGCAAGGUUUUCUUUGGAUUUGCUGCACAUUGGAACAUUGAAAUCAUCACUUUGAAUAGGAGUGUGGAAAAGAAACAGUAUCUAUUUACACUUUAUCGCAGAACACAAGCCCCACUGUUUACACUGGUGGAAAUGAUCGCACUGUACUAUCUACUAUUACUAUUUUUUACACCUUGUUACAAGAGAGUUUUGGAGUUGUAUAGUUUUGUGUAUACCGACAAUAUUAUUAUACUUUGUGAAUCGUCCUCGACACCCGCUCUGACUCGCGAGGUCAUCGUUAGAAAUGAUAAUUCAUAAUCGUCAUAUGUAACACGCGAUUAUCGUCACACGAAAGUAUCAUUCUAAGCGCAUAUCGUGCAUAUUUAUUCCAUCAUCGCAUUUAUUCGAAUUACUCAUCAUCUCUGUCAUUGAUAUGUAAGAUCUAGUGGAAUACCAAAGAUGCAACUGUACUCGUAUGUGGUACGGAAAGGAUUGAUUGGAAAGCAUGGAAUAAAGAAAGGGGACAUAGAAACACUUGAAUGUCGUGCCUUCGUAUAAUGUUACUUUAUUGCAUAGACAGAGAUCCUUCUAAGGAGAUGUAGGUGCGAAAUUCAGUACACAACAAUAUGGAAUUGCAGAUGACAUUUAACACAUUGUAUGCCAAAAGAACUUCAUAGUAAUGUCCAUUCAGGGCUGAGAUAAAGAAUCUUUUGAAAAUAACUUGUAUCAAUAUACAAAUGAAAAUUUGCAAGUUCUUUAUAAUAUACAGUUAGCAAUGAAAGGAAAUUACACUGUAUAUUGCUAUUUACUGAAAUAAGCAUUCAUGGUAUAGAAUUAAUAAAAUAUUUAGCAAUAUGCAGACAAGUUAAGGAGUAUUUAUUGUGUGUGACGAAUAGUUUUGUUGCUGAUUAUAUAUUAUGCAUUCAUGUAUACAUCUUUGUUGUUUUUAAAGAUACAUCAAAUGUCUUAAUGACAAAGUUGAAUGGUUCAGUGAGGCUCACAUGAUACCAACAAAAUUUCAGUUUUUAUAUCAUCUUUUUAGAGUUUUCAAGGUCACCUUGAUUUUUUUAAAUGGAAUGACCUACUUUUUUACCAUAGAUCAAUAGAGUACCAAAUUCUGAGUAUAAGAGUGACCUUCAUACGUCCUAAACUUGACCUUCAAACGUCUCUGAGUGCCCCUUCGCGAAGAUGGCAGUUUAUCUGACAUCUAUCAAUGUCACGUACCCUUUGUGCUGUCGUUUAAAAAAAAUGACACAAAAAUAGAAAUCUUUUUGGUAUCAUGUGAGCCCCGGUGAACCAACUUUGACCUCAAGACAUUUGACGUAUUUUUAUAAACAAUAAAGAUACAAAUGACAUUGCCCUGAAGGAUACACAAAUGACUUGGCAUCGAAUGUGUCGAAUAAUAUUCAUACGCGUGCGGUAACAUCUUUGAACAGUACAUCUCAUUGAUAUAGAAAAAAAGAAGAAAGUAUCCUUGAAACUCCUCACGGCACACGAUCGUUCAUCGUAUCACGCUCGUGUAACGAUCAGAACUGUUCUCGAUCGAACGCAAUAUGAAGCGCCAGGGUGCGUUAUCCCCUUUUGAAGCGUGUUUAAUGGUUUCCGUGUCAUCUUGCGUUUACGUAGUUAGAACGCCGGACUCUCAACGAUAACGGUUACACGUAAGACCGACGGGAGAGCCGAACGACACGUAGGAUUACACGAGAUCACAAAAGUGCUGAAAGCUUUGUAUCUUUGUAAAUUUUAUACUCCUCGAGUUUCGUCGGCAACGAGCGAAACGAACGCGCGACUAAUCAAAAAACCGCGAGGUGCAAUUUGAAAAUGCUGAAAUUGAUUCGUCGUAUGAGAGACGGGGACCGUGUGUGUGCGCGCGUGUGUGUGUAUAUCUGUACAUACACAUCUAUAUGUAAUAUGUAAUUGAAGACAGUAUUAAUAUCGUUUAAAAUGCCAAUUGGAUAUCUCACGGUGAUUGUAAUAUUUCGUUUUCCUUUUUUAUCUUCGUAUAAUUUAAAUACCGAGAGUAGCGUUUUAAAAACAAAAGAGAAACUACAUUCGAUACCGGUUUAACGUGUGUGUACGCGUGUGUUGCGUGUGUAUGCGUGCGUGUUUGCGUGCAUUAGGAAACAAUCGAGUAAGAUCUGUAAUUAGCUUGUCACGUUCAAUAUUGUAAAUUACAAGUGUUCAAUGGGUGUUAUAUUUUCGAUGAUCACCUGAAAAUAAAAUACAAACUGCAAGUUUCACUUGGGCUCGAUGAUUCGUACGGUUCCGUUAAGUUACUCGUUAAAUAUAUGUUUAUUGUUGAAAGCCUAGCGAAGAAUAGAA